AUGGUUAACCGCAGGCCUGCAGAUGGCAGAGAUGGGGCGAGACAGUCGCUCUCCUCGGCCUGCCAAUGGCAGUGCGGAUUCAUUGGGGUCCCCAGGGUGAUCCCGGUCCACUCCAGGGAGGCAACCCUGCUCCACGAGACACAUAAGCAGUUACUGAUCGAGCAGCAUACAGCCAUGGAGAAACAGAAAAUGGCAGACGCCAUGUGCUCUCACACAUGCUGGGACCUCGAAGCUAGACUGGACAGCUUAUUCACUGCCUUCUGGAGAAAGCUGGAACUCAGGCAGAGACAGGUUCCGUUGCCAGAAGCGAAAGAAAACUUACCUCACAAGCUGCCUUCAUGA